UGACAACAUCCACAAAUGCCCAUCCAUCUCUCCCUGAGAAGAAAAAGAGAAGGCAUUUUUAUUCCAUAAAAAGGUCAGGAUGGAGAGAGAGCUUAGUCACUGGGUGUUGUUUGUGGUGGAUUCCACUUCCUGGUCAGUGGCUGUAGAUCGAAACUCUGAAUCUCGAGAGAGAGCUGAUGGCUUUUGUAUUGGCUUGCAUCUCCCCCCAGUGCGCGCUGUGUAAUGAUGCAUGCUCAAAGCUACCUGAAGCCAUCUCGGUUCAUCGCCAUCGGUGGAGAAGACGACGACGACGACGACCUCUAUAGUCUAUAAGUAGGUAAAGAGGAGGAAGAAAAUAAAGCCAAAGUCGAGCCGCCACAAAUUGUGAUUCUCUGAUCCGUCAUGUCGGGGAAGAAGCCGACGGCGGCGCCGCCGACGGCGAGGCUGAGCAGGGCAUGCGUGAUGAUCAUAGUGGUGGCGAGCGUGGAGAGGUUCGCGUACAAGGGGGUGGCGUCGAACCUGGUGACGUACCUGACGGAGGUGGUGGAGAUGAGCACGUCGGCGGCGGCGAAGAGCGUCAGCGCGUGGAGCGGGGUGACGUCCAUGCUGCCGCUCCUCACCGCCGUCCUCGCCGACUCCUACUGGGACCGCUACUCCACCAUCACCGCCUCCUCCCUCCUCUACGUCGUCGGGCUAAUAGGCCUAACUUUAUGGGCACUGCUACACACACGGAUGCCAUGCUCCACGCUCUUCUUCCCGCUCUACCUCAUCUCCAUCGGCCAAGGCGGCUACAACCCUUCGCUGCAAGCCUUCGGCGCCGACCAGCUCGACAUCGGCGACGACGACGAUGACGGCGACAAUGGCGCAACAGCAGCAACAGAAGAGCAGAGGAGCAAGGUGAAGAGCCUCUUCUUCCAGUGGUGGUACUUCGGCAUCUGCAGCGGCAGCCUGCUGGGGAACACGACAAUGUCGUACGUCCAGGACACCGUCGGCUGGGGCCUCGGCUUCGCCGUCCCGGCCGCCGUCAUGGCCGUCUCCGUCGCCGCCUUCUUCUGCUGCACCCCCCUCUACAAGCAGAGGCAACCCAGAGCUGUUCAUCGCAAGCCCUGUCGUGACAGCGUCCUCAAAGCCCUGAAAUCGCUUCUCGCAAGUGUCACUGGCGCCAGAAAGAUCACCCUGCCAUCCAGAGACGGCGACGAUGACACUGACAUCGUAUCUGAGCUAGAGUUGCAGGAGAAGCCACUGAAGCUGGCUGAUCAGAAGCAGGAGGCGGCCAUGGGAGAGGCUGCAGCACCAAGUGUAGCCAAGAUCAUAGUGAGGCUGCUCCCAAUCUGGACGAUGCUGCUCAUGUUCGCGGUCAUCUUCCAGCAGCCGAUGACGUUCUUCACCAAGCAGGGGAUGCUGAUGGACCACCGCGUCGGCGCCGUGUUCGUGAUCCCCCCGGCGAUGCUGCAGAGCUCCAUCACCGUCUCCAUCAUCCUCCUCAUGCCGCUCUACGACACGGUGGUGGUGCCGCUCGCCGGCCUCGUCGCCGGCCACGGCAAGGGGAUCACGGUGCUCCAGCGGAUCGGCGUCGGGAUGGUGCUCUCCAUCGUCGCCAUGGCGGUCGCCGCGCUCGUCGAGGCGCGCCGCCUCCGCGCCGCCGCGUCGUCCUCGUCCGGCGGCCGCCUGAGCAUAUUCUGGCUCCUCCCGCAGUACGUGCUCCUCGGCGUCUCCGACGUGUUCACGGUGGUGGGCAUGCAGGAGUUCUUCUACACCCAGGUCCCCAGCGCCAUGAGGACCGUCGGCAUCGCGCUCUACCUCAGCGUCUUCGGCGUCGGCAGCUUCGUCGGCGCGUUCCUCAUCACCGCGCUCGAGAUGGUGACGGCGGGGGGCGGCGGCGGCGGGCACGAUCACGGGUGGUUCUCCGAUGAUCCCCGGGAGGCGCGGCUGGACAAGUACUACUGGUUCUUGGCGCUCCUCAGCUGCGUCAGCUUCGUCGUCUUCACACACUUGUGCAAGUACUACUAGCAUUCAUCUCAUCACGUAGAGAUCAGAUUUUAUUUAGCAUUUGUUGGAACUUGGAAGUUGGGGCCUUUGUUACUGUGUUUGUGUGUGUGUAAAUUACACGCUUUUCAUGGUGAGCUUCACUUAGGUGUACUGUUCAUGUUUUCAGAAUGAUCAAGAAUGUGUGUAGUUCAGGAGGUUCACAUCCUCUAUCACUAUAACACUAACAUACAAGGUAAUAGUCUAAUAGAAGAGUGGGACCAAUAU